AUGUAUCCGUUAAUUGGAGAAUCACUAUAUGUUCUUAUCAUAAAACCUGUGCUGUUAGUUGCAGUUUUAAGCACAAACAUUAUUGUAGUAGUAGCUUGGUUGUCGCCAAAAAACAGAUCCCCCGUUUCGAUUAUUCUUUCUGUCAUUGCAUUCUAUGAUACCGCUACGAUAUUGUUCAGCACAAUUUAUACCAUUUCAACUUACGUCGCAGGACAUCUUCUAAGUGUCAGUGGUUGCUAUAUUAACCAUGUAGCUGAGUCGUUUGCAUUUAUUUUCCAUUCUUCAUCGAUUCUAACAACAACGUAUCUUGCUUGUCAAAGAUGUGUGAUUUGUCUUUUCCCAUUCUCAGGACCACGUAUAUGCGGACAGAAAACCACGGUAUUAUUUUCAGUUGUAUCGUUUGUAUUUGUUACAAGCGUGCAAAUUCCUUUUCUUUUAGUUCGUAAUAUAGAAGGUGAGGUAAAAAGGUCAGAUGAAAAUGGCUCGGUCUUGUAUUGCAAAGCCCCUUAUAUCAUCAACAAAGAUAUUAUGGAUGAAAUUCCAGACAUAAUUUGGUUAAUUCGGUUGUUCACACUACAUCUCAUGCCAGCAUUUGUUGUGACUUUUUCUAUGAUUGCAUGUGUGCUUACUGUAAACAGAAGAAAGAUGGUUUCCGGAAGGUCAUCUGACCAGCGAAGCAAAAAGAAAACAACGGUUAUGCUUGUCCUAGUAAUGCUUAUAUUUGUCCUGGGAGAAUUUCCGACAACAUUGGGCAUUUUCCUUGAUGCGUUUUUACCUGCAGUACCAAACUGGUUUUCAACAGAAGAUGGGAUACAGUUUGGAAAUGUGGUACUUGUUAUUUCAUUUUUGCUAAAUAUAUUGGUAUAUGUGGGAAUGUCAAAGCAGUUCCGAGAUAGUUUGAAGGAAUUGCUCUGUAGGUCAACAACAGAACCAAGCUCGUCAUAA